GGGGGGGCGGCUGCGGGCACUGCACUGGGAGCCGGUGCCCGCGGCGCGGGUGCGCGGCCGCCGCUCGGUCUGGGCUCCGCGGGCCGCCCCGCCGCGGCUGGACCUGCCGCGCCUCCGGCUGCUCUUCCGAGAGCCCCGCGGGGCCGCCCCGGGGCAGCGCCCGCCGCCCGCGGCCGCGCUGCUGGAGCCCAAGCGGAGCCUCGCCCUCGGCGUCUUCCUCAAGCAGGUCAAGCGGCCUGUCCGCCAGAUCGUGCGGGACAUCCAGGAGGGUGUCGGGGCGCCCUACGGUGCGGAGAAGCUGCUGGAGCUCUCCCGGAUGCUGCCCAGUGCCACAGAGGUGGCCCGGCUGCGGUCCUUCCCCGGCAGCCCCCACCAGCUCGCUGACCCUGAGCUCUUCAUGCUGCUGCUGACAGAGGUGCCCAGCUACACCCAGCGCCUGGAGCUGCUGGUGCUGAAGGAGGACUUCUUCCCCCGGCUCACCACCCUGCGCAGCUCCAUCCAGACCCUGACGGAUGCCGCUGUCGAGCUGCUGGAGUGUGAGGAGCUGCACACCAUCCUCCACCUCAUCCUGAGCGCCGGCAACUACCUGAACUCGGGCGGCUAUGCUGGCAGCGCCGCCGGCUUCCGCCUCGCCUCACUGCUGAAGCUGCCCGACACCAAGGCCAACGAGCCGGGCGUGGACCUGCUGCACUUCGUGGCGAUGGAGGCGGCCAGAGUGGAGAAGAGCCUGCUGGAGUUCCCUGGCAAGCUGCGGCACGUGGGCCCAGCCUCGCGGAUCGAGGUGGCGGAGGUGGAGGGGGAGCUGCGGCAGCUGGCGGGGCGGCUGGAGGGGGCCCGGAGCCUGGGCACGGGGGGGCUGGGGCCGCAGCUGCAGCCCUUCCUGUGUGCGGCCGAGGAGGAGCUGCGUGGGGCGUGGGAUGCGCUGGAGCGGAUGCACGGUGCCACGGCCACCACCCUCGACUUCUUCUGCGAGGACACGGCGCCUGGCGGCCUGCAGGACCUGUGUGCCAUCCUGCACGGCUUCGCGGGACGACUCCUCACCGCUGCACAGGAGAACCGGGUGCGGGAACAGGCGCAGCACCGGCGGCAGCAGCUGGAGCGGGAGCGGCUGAAGCGUCGUUCCAUCGCCACGUGCUCCGCGUGGGACGUGGCUCCCCGGGACGUGGGGCCGUGUGGCCCCUUCCCGCUCACACCCCAGCCCGGCCGGCACGGCCUCCGCUCCCCGCGCCCCAGCUCUGAGCCCUGCCUGGCCGCCCCACGGGGGGAUGACCCCCUUGGCUCCCCCGGCCCCCCAGGCUGCGGGAGCCCCCGCCUGCCCCCAGCUCUGCAGAGUCCCACCUGGCUGCCCAGAGCCCCCCUGGCCCCACUGCGGCGGCACACGGCCCCGGCACUGCCAGCCCUGCCUGAGGUGGGGGGCUGCGACCAGCCCUCCCCAGGCGCCCCGUCCAGCAGGCAGGGGGGGCUUUUCGAGUCUGGCCCCGAGCUCUGCCUGCCCGAGCCGCCCCCCCCGGCCACAGCCUCAGCCCCCGCCAGCCCCACGCCCUUCUUCAGCCUGGCCAGCCUCUUCCAGCGGAGCGGGGCCCAGAGCAGGUCAGCGUGCCCCCAGCUGCCCCCGGCUGCCCCCCCCGAGGGCUCUGCCCUGCUGGGCUUCCUCUGGCGCCUGGCGGGCGGGAAGGGACAUGGAGCCCCCCCCAGCUGAGGGGCUGCGGGGCCGGGGCUGCUGGGCCGGGCUCUGGUUUUAUCCUUCCCCAUGUCCCUGCUCCUGUCUGGUUUGUUGUGAUAAUAAAAA